CAAAAACAAACGGUCUUACUACUCAACCUGGAAAAAAGUAUUGUUUUCGGAAAAAUCAUGGCUAAUUGCAGCUAGAACACGACUUGCAAAUUUGGCCAAUACGUUUUUAGAGCCACCAAGAAGGCGGCAGUUAGACAAAAUCCAAGGACAGAUGAAAAUUGACGCGUGUUAAAUGCAAACAAGAAAAUUCCAACACAGACCUUGAGUGGCUCACCCACACACGCAUACCCCUCCACACCUGCGUCACACAUACACACACACUCGCACACACCGAUAAAGAGGAGCAAACGGGAUAGAAGAUCGAACCGUUCCCUGUUUUUUUUGUUUUUUAAAACAGGAAGUGGACUUUAGGGGAUCGUUUAGCAGAACAUUGCAGCUGGCAAUAUGGUAAAUGUACCCCCGCUGCUCUGCAGCACCCCGCCGCCCAUUGAUUUUGGCGAGGAAGACGACGAUUCCGGUUUGCAGUCCACAAGCCACUUGGACGAAGGUGACGAAUACUCCAAUUUCGGAUUAGUCAGCAGCUCGAAAGAACCCCCUCCGUCGCCAGAUCCCGUGGGGGAAUUUCGAGAAAGCCCGACGGAUUCGCCGGAAAAUAAACAAACCGCCGAGGCAUUCAAUUACCAAGUGCAACAGGCGAUGGAUUACGAUGUUUUCGGAGUAACAGCGCCACCCACGCCGCCUCCCUUGGGCCUGGAUCUCGAGGAGGAGGAAUCGGAGGAGCAGGUGCCCUCCCUGAAGCUGGACAGUCUAAGUCUCUACUCCACGGAAAGCGUUUCCGCCGCCUCCACACUCUCACCCGUUGCGGAAGGGGAAGCAGCGGAGGCAGUGGCUCCGCCCGUGAUGCAAACAACCAAAGCGCAUGUCCUCAGCCACCAAGUCACGCUGGAGGAUGUGUCCGACGACAGCGACGAGGAGUGCUCGCCAAAGAAGCCCAAAGAACUAUUUAUACGCGAGGGAGCCGUGGAUUUCUUUGCCAUCGAGGUGCUGGCCACGCCCACACUACCAAACGGAGAGGGUUUUCCGGAGGAGGAUCAGGAUUCAGGGAAAAGAAUACCCCAAGAAAAUACUCCUCAGCAUGAAGAAGGCUUGGAAAACCAGGAGGAAAUUUCAAAUACCUCAGCGAAACAGUUGGAAAGCCAAGAAAACCUUGAGGAGACCACCAGUCACUGGGGUAAACCAGCGGAUAGUGAUACAUUUACAUUUGCAAACUUUGAAGCGGCGCCUAAAGACUUAGUACAAGAAGAAAUAACGACGGAGUGUCAGGAAGUCCAAGAAGAAGAUGAUGACUUUGGUGACUUUGCGGAUUUCUCGGCAGCAGAACCAGAAACCAAGAGUCCUUCCCUAGAACUACAUUCCUCGACGAAAACGGAACCCUUAGAGGCGAAGAUAGCUUCUCCUUUGGCGGCUUCCAUUAAAUUACCUCCUUCGGAACCCGCAGAUGAUGGAUUCGAUGACUUCCAAGAGUUUGCCACACCCACGAAUGGAAGUCCUGGCCAAAGCGAAGAUGAUGACGAUGAUUUUGGCGACUUCUCAGAGCCCGUAGUGAUUGCCCCUUCAGUACCUCCGCCGCCGCCGCCAGCUGCUGUCCACCUGAGCAUCGAUGAACGAGUGAAGCCGGUCCUAGAGAUGAUGUUCCCGCAGUCAAAGGAGCAGGACAGCUUAAGCACCGACAAACGAAGACCUUUGGCGCAGUGUCAGCGAUUCAAUUUUGGCGCCAUCGAGCAGGCCCAAGCCCUGGAUUAUCAAUGGAGCAGCUCGGAGAUGAGGCAUGCGCUCGUUCGAUCGCUGGGAAUCGAUUCAAGAAAUAUACUCUUUGGCGACAAGUGGAACUCAUCGAUGCCGCGCUUUGCCGCCAACCUGAGCUUCGAUCCCCUGAAGCCGUUGAAACCCCUAGCGACUGGGACCGCCAGCAAUUUGGAAGUCAUCUCCACACCCAGCAGCCACCAAGAAUCACAUGUACAGACAUUACAAUUGGAACAACUAGACCAACUAACGGUGGUGGCUAAUGCUGAUAAAAUAAAUCUUGUUACCUCUAACUCCCACACCAAUAACAACAACAACGUUGACAACGAUAAUGGUGAAAACGACGUUGCUGCUCCCAUCGAUCGACUGGAUGUUAAACCACCUGUGAUGGAUUUGAUGACCCAUAACAAUCACAAUUUGACAAUCGAUUUGCACCACUCCACCACGCCACCACUCACACAUUUUGCCACCAUCUGCAACAACAACAAUAACAAUAACGAUAAUAACAAUCUUAACAAAAAUCAUGCUAACAAUACUGCAACAAUGACAAUAACAAUUAACACAAAUCUCACUGCUCACGACGCCUUGCUGGAUUUUAGACUGGAAAACGCCCCCGCAGCAACGGCGAGCCAAGCUGAAACGCGGGCUAGCCCGUCUCAUGGGGAAGGGUCCUCCGGCUGCGCUUCCGCCAGCAAUUCCGACGGCGAAGAGCGACAGAAGCAUAGCUACCAGCCAGCUGCAGUCACCAGCUCCGAAUCGAACCACAUUGAAUCCGCAACAGCGCCACCAGCAACAGUUGUUACUCCAGCAGCAGCGACGCUAUCGACUGCUCUACCAGCAGACAGCCCUGCCCACCAGCUCAACGGCGGUGAGCAGCUGCAUCAGCAGCGGGCGGAGCAGGAGCAGUUUGAUUUGAGAACCACUUCUUCGCCCGCACCGCCAGCUCAGGAGGACAUGGUGGGCAGCUCGAUGGCCAGCUACGCGGUGCCGCUGAAAGAGACCCACAUCUACACACCCUCCAAAUCGGAUACGGCGGUGGCCAAGACCACUACACUGGCCCCCAUUGAUUUCGACUACGAGAUGGCGGCCACGGGCAUUAUUAUCGAUGAGACGGUGGUCAAGAAGGAGUAUCGCGAUGUGGAGUACAAGCCACCAUUUGGUCUGGAUUCGCCCAGCAAAUUGAGCGGCAAUGGAGCUGCCAGCAGCUUCGAGCUGCCGCCCCAGGCGGAAAACGACGACGACUUCAGUGACUUUCAAUCGAUGCCGGCGCCCAGAUCGCGAAUCGAUACACCCACUUUUGGCGAGCAGAUGAUCCUCAGCCCGGCCAUUCUGUUGCCCCAAGCCAUUCCGCUGGCCAAGAAGCCGGCAGCGUCUAUAGAGUGGGGCAGCAAUGCCUUGUCCAGCAUAAAUGCCGAGGAAAUGGCCAGAAUAGAGGAGUUGUUCUCCUCGCAAGCCAAGCCACUCACAAUAAGCGCAUCGGUGGCUAAGAAACCAACUCCUCCCAAGCCAGUUCAAUCGCAGCCUCAAGAGGAUGAUGAAUGGUCGGAUUUUGUCUCUGUUCCGGUUACUCAACAGCAACACUCAGUCACCAACAACAACAACAACGUAAGCAGCAAUCUGAGGAAGCCACCUGCACCGAAAGAAGAUGAUUGGUCGGAUUUUGUGAGCAGUACUCCACCCGCUCGACCGGCGGCGCCACAAUUCAAUUCCGGUGCCUGGCAGAGCGCUAAUUUCUACAACAAUCCCUUAAGCUUGUACCAAGGACAGCAGCAGCAACAGCAACAUCCCCACAGCAAUCUGGUGCCCAGCAGCAGCAGCAACGGCAAUAACAACAAUGUGCCAGCCAUUCCACAGCAAAUACACAUCAUGCAUGACUUCUCGACGGUGCCCGUUUCUGGAGGAUUGGUUGCGGGUGUGGGUGCCACCUACCAGCAGCAACAUCAGCGGCAGCAGUUUCAAAUCGGCAACGCGAAGGUGGCACCACGCAUCUCCCUGAUCCCCGAUCUUAGCUUUGUGGCACCGGCUUUGCCCGCCAAUGCAGGUGCUUUCAUGGGUACGCUUCCGAAACCGAGUUUUGGGGGCAAGAAAUGACACAAGAAUAGGCUGAGGGUGGGGGGCGGUGGUCGGCUGCAGCAGCCGCAGGGCGGACCACGCCCACUGGGAGGCGGCGAGGCCACCAUCCUCACGUAGGCGUAGAAGGGGGCGUGCCCGUGGGAGCCAGUCAGUAUUAUGAAUCCGUCUGAUAUUUACCAUAAACCGAACCGUCGUCACACAUGUAGUUUGAUGCAAGCUGUGUUCCAUGUUGUUGUCGUUGUUGUUGACCUUAUCGUUGGCAUAAUUGUUGUUGUUGUUGUGCGUGCAUGUUGUUGUGUUAGUCGUAGAUGAGGAUUUAAAGCAAAGAACU